AUGGACGUCGAGAAAAGGUCUGACAAUUUCGUCGGCCCUGACGCCGGAGCUCGUCUUGCACAAGAUGUACACGACACCGAUACCGACAACUCAACAACUAUGCCGCCAACACCGGAGAUAGCUCCGUAUCCCGAACCGACAUACGACGACCGAAAAGCAUGGAUAACAGUGGUGGCUUCUUCUUUGACAAUGUUUGUCUACUUGGGAGUUAUCUACUCCUGGGGCAUCAUGCAAGUUAGACUUGUCGAAACGACCUCAUCAAGUCUGACAACCUUGACGUUUGUCGGAUCUAUGGCGACAUCGUUUAUGAUUUGCUUCAGUAUCGUAUCGGACAAGAUUGUCUGCAGGAUUGGAUACAGGUUGACGGCAUUGAUUGGGGGCUUCUUCAUGGGUCUUGGAGAAGUGCUUGCGAGCUUCUUGACGCACCAUGUUAUUGCUCUCUUCUUCCUUCACGGUCUCCUGUUCGGUCUUGGUGGCGGCCUGUGUAUCUUUUCCGUCUCAACCGCCCCAAUGAGCCUCUUUAAGAAACACAAAGCUUUAGCAAUGGGCUUCGUCUUCGGUGGCGGAAGUCUUGGAUCCGCUAUCAUGAGUGUCGUCACAAAUUACCUCGUGAAGGACUUGGACGUUGCCUGGACGUUCCGCAUUCUGGGCUUUAUUCUCUGGGGUGUGUCCAUUCCGGCAUCGUACUUCCUUCCGAGGAGGAACAAGAUGGCCAAUAAAGGGUCUCGUCAGCUGCAGUGGUACCGCUUCAAGGAGCCAAGAUUCCUCAUGCUCGUCGCCGGAACAGUCUUGGCAUGCUUUCCCCUAUUCAUCCCACCCUACUUUAUUCCGAUCUUUUCUCGGUCAAUGGGGUACUCGAAGGAGAUUGGCGUCAUCAUCCUGGCUGCGUGGAACCUGGCCUCGACAUUUGGGCGUGUCGUCGCUGGUUGGGUGGCGGACUCCGUCCUUGGCCCGGUUGAGAGUCUCGCAAUCUGUAUGCUCCUCAUGGCUCUCAGCUCCCUUGUCGUCUGGCCGCUGUCGUCUUCGAUUGGGAUCUUCUCAGUCUACCUCAUCUUCAACGGCAUCGGCUGUGGUGCCUUUUUCAGCUUGACUCCGAUUGUUGUCAGCUCGACGUUUGGAGGCGAGAAUACACUGAGUAUAAUUCCUGUCGUCUGGACAACUUGGUUUUGUGGCUUCUUUUUCGGAACUCCAAUCGCCUCCGGGUUGUACUCGCUUUCGGGUCGGGCGGACGAUAUUGAGGCAUUCCGGCCUGCGGCGUAUUAUGCCGGCGCGAUGGCGUUGGCUGGGUUUGCUUGCUUGUUAGGCAUUCGCUUUACCCGUGCCAAACAGAGUCCAGAAGAGAAAUCGGGCGUCUGA